GCUGGCUCAGUCAAGGCUAGAGGCUCAGUCCUGCCACAAUGGCGGUGGUGGACGCGUUAGCUACUGUUGCUCUCACAGUGGUUAUCCCUCCCUUCCUGAUUGUCCUUGUCACCGUCCUCGUCCUGGCUAGCUUGGGGAAGUCUCUAGGCCUCAGACAGAAAUAUGUGCAGUUCCUCCUGAAGGUGUUUGAGGAUGGCAACAGGAUACUUGUAAAAAAGUUUGGCCGCCAGAGAUUAUCAAAGAACUAUGGGAAGGCCUCUGGAGAUGAGCAGGAAGAAGAGGAGGAGGAGGACCAGGUGUCCAGGGAGGUGAUAUGUAGAGACAAGCUAGUACUACGCCCAACACUAGACAAGGACAAUAAUGAGGGGCUGGACACCCAUGAGUUUGAGCUGGGGGAUUGUCUUGACUAUAUACGCACUGGCAUGGAGGCAAUAGUAGACGAUGAGGUGACCAAGAGGUUUUCAGCAGAGGAACUGACGUCGUGGAACUUCCUCACUCGGACCAACUGCCAGUAUGAGUUCAUCAGUGUGCGACUCACCAUAUUCUGGGUUGUGGGCUUCAUUCUGCGCUACUUCCUUCUUCUGCCGCUCCGCAUUAUCAUCCUUCUAAUUGGGACGAUGCACAUGGUGACUUCAACCCUACUAAUUGGAUUGUUUCCGGAUGGGGCUGUGAAACGGAAGCUGUGCCGAUUCAUCUUUAUAACUUCCUUUAGAAUCAUAAGUCGUGCUUUUAGCGGUGUGAUCACGUAUCACAACAAGCACAACAUGCCACGUUCAGAUGGGAUAUGUGUUGCCAAUCACACAACACCUGUUGACUGUGUGGUGCUGGCGUGUGACAACGGUUAUUCCUAUGUUGGUCAGCGACAUGGAGGAUUUUUAGGCAUAUUCCAGCGAGCUCUGUCUCGGGCCUCGGCACACAUUUGGUUUGAGAGGUCAGAGUCCAAGGACCGCUUUGCUGUGGCACGAAGACUGAGGGAACAUGUGGAGGAUCCUGAAAAACUGCCUAUCCUGAUCUUCCCUGAGGGCACUUGCAUCAAUAACACAUCUGUCAUGCAGUUCAAGAAAGGGACAUUUGAAGUUGGAGGAAUUAUCUAUCCUGUUGCCAUCAAGUAUGACCCAAGGUUUGGAGAUGCCUUCUGGAAUUCCUCAAAAGAGUCCAUGUUGAGCUAUAUCUACAUGAUGAUGACAUCGUGGGCCAUUGUCUGUGAUGUAUGGUACUUGCCGCCCAUGACAAGGAGAGAAGGAGAAUCCUCCAUUGACUUUGCUAACCGCGUGAAGGCAGAAAUUGCUCGACAAGGAGGGCUUGUGGACCUAGUAUGGGACGGUGGGUUGAAACGAUCAGCGCCGAAGAUAGAAUGGAAACAGCAGUACCAGCAAGAGUUCUCACGGCGCCUUAAAGUUCAAAAUGUGAAUGCAGAGAAGAAAGAGGAAAAGAUUGAAUGACUAGAGGAGAACCAAGGGAAACCAAAAGUCCUGUGAAAAGCUGAGUGGUGGAGGGCAUGCAAGUCAUGCAGUAUGUCAUGAAGUGUAGCAUUGUUAUGGUAAAGCUAUUCUUGGAUACGAUAUUUUUAUGAAUGUGAUGCGCAGCAUCCUAGAUGAAAUUGUAUAAUACUUGUUUGUGAUGGGGAUUGAACAAAGGAUUUACUAGAUUCACUGUUGGAAGGUGAAGUAAAAAUGUUUCCUUGCAAAAUUGGAUUUGCAUGGGAAAAGUAAUUGUUUAAGAUAAAAAUAUCUUUAUUUUACUGAUCAAAUAAAUGGAACUAACUAUAUUUUACACAUAAGAAUUACAUUAACAUUGUUACAUUUAUUUGGAUCAGUCUUUGCUUGGGGUUAUAUUGGAUAAUUAGUUCAUAAGGGAAAAUUAUUAUUCUGUCCAUGGUUAAUGGUAUUGUCCUACAAAAUCUGCAGAAUGAUGACAUUUCCAAGAAGCAAAUGAUAUGGACUGCUGGCAGACCUGUAUAGGUAUGGUAAACUACAUAACUGUGUUAAUCAUAUUUUUUCUAACCAUCAUAUUAGAUAAUUAAAAUUGUAUUAUGGCUCAUCUUGGCCACAUAAGGCUCACUCCCACCUGUCAUAUAUCAUAUCAUCAUCUCACAUAUGUUAAUGUCUGACUUGCGGUCCUAUUUAUUACAUUUUUCCCAUUGAUCAGUGAUGCACAACUAGAAACUUCAGUUUCCAUUUUAACUAGGCAAAGAUUUCCUUAUCUUAGUGACAUGCUAUCUAAAUAUAUUUAAUUUCUGUUGUAAUGGCCCAAACCUGAAAGCCUUACUGUCCUACUUGAACAUGGGAUACUGCUAUUGCACAAUUGGUUACUUGGCAUGUUUGUGCUCUAUAUCAAAACAGAUUUUUCUUUUACUUCUUUAUUCACUUCAUAAGACAAGAAAGGACACUUGUUUUAUUCUUUUACCAUAUGGCUUACAUUGGCUAGUGCUGAAAACUUCAUACAUUUUUCUUUUUAGGAGUAUAUAUGAUGCGUGGAAUUUCUGUGCUUGGUUUGCCAUCAUUUUGCCUAUCCUGAAGGAAUUUGUUUGAUUUGUAUAUAUAGGUACUGUCUUCAAAGACCUAGGUAGUGUAAUAAAAUGUCAUCAUUCAAAAUAUAUACUGUAUGAAAUGAUAAAAAGAUAUGGUCAGUUAUAGAAUUGCAACAGUCACUUCCUCUUUAAGAGAUCCUCUCUGACAAGUUAUGUAUCAGAUUCAUUGCAUUUUGCUUUUUCUCAAUCCACCUAUUACCUAAAGCCAAUAGUUCAGUCAUCCAAGAAUAAAAGCCAGAACCAAAGAAUUUACCCAAGGGCAAACUCUUUAGUGAUAAGGGAUAGAGGAAUAUUUUAGUAUAUAAUUACUGUCACUAUUCUGCAGGUCUUAUAGGACCUAGUAAUGACGAAAUGUACUGCAUAGGUUGUUCUAAAGGAUUAAAUGCACAUGAGGAGAGCACAUAUAGUGUUAUGUACAGGUUAUGUGUGCAACAUAUCGUGACAUACUAUAUCAUGGUACCAUGUUUUACAGUGACUUUGGUGUCUUCUUGGAUUAUUCCUAUGUACAGUUUCUGAUGCAUUCCCAACACUACAUACUGAGAUUUAAUUUAUUGUAUGAGAUGUAGAAUGACUAGCUAUAGGAUUGUGUGUUCCUCAUUCUGUCCAUUAUGAAAAUGAGUUGAAACAAGAUGAUGUAAUAGUACUUACUUUACUUGAUCAGGUGGGAGAAACAGUGCCAUUAGAUGAAAUAUCAGUAUCUUGGGGGACAUCUGCCAGUCUCUGCCUUAAACUUUCAGUAACUGAAAUUUACUCCUGUUCACAACUUCACCAUAGUGCAUAAUCAUAAAGAGAGCACAUUUAGGAAAGACAGAUUCACAAAAUACAUGAAAUAUUUUGAUACAAAACAGUGUCACAUUGUCACAGGAUCCCUUAGAUGUAGGAUUAUGUAGGAUGCAGUUCAUUAGAGGUUGAAAAGACUCAAGUUAGGUAAGUAUUUAUGCCCAACGAUGUAUUUUGAUACAAAAACGCUUGUUAUACCAAGGCACUAAAGUGUAAGUUGUAGCAUAGGGAGUUGAGAAUGUUUUCAUGGAUGUUUUUUAAAUGACAUAACUGUGAUGUGUAAAGACUAGCAUUUUCAUAUUUAUGACGUACGUAUACAUAAAGAUGCAUUUCAAAUAUUGCUUCAAGCAAGACUUAGUAUGUUGAAUUCUCAGGACUACAUUUAUAUUUUUUUGUAUUUAUAUAUGAUUAUUCUUUUUAUAGAACACAAAUGAGAAAAACAUGCAAUUACAUCAUAUUUUUUUCUAUUAGUAGUGUUCACAAAAUUAAUGUAUCUCCAUUCCUUCCAGGGACUCCCUGGAGGGAUGGUGUCAAACAUAGUGAUGAGUCAAAAUGGGUGUCAUAGUGUAAUGGUCUAAGUUUGGCAUUAAUGCAGUUCACUAUUAAUGUCAUUUCUCCAAAUAAGGGUGAUACUGAAAAAUAAGGAAUGUUGAACAUAUGACAGGUUUAGUAAUGUAUUGUGUUCACUAGUCAUUAACUCCUUCACUAUAAUGACAGAAGCCUUAUCCUCAGUGUUAUUAUUACUUCCUUUAUAAGGCUAAAGAGGCAGUUUGUCUUGCUUUGCAUCAGACACAAUGGCUUGACAUGAAGGUCUCUCCAGCUUUCAGCCACACUGCUCCUCUUCUUUUGUUGGGGAGUGAAAUAAUUAAGGGAUAUGUUGAGGUCACCGUACUGUGUUGGCUGGCCGGCUGGCUGGCUGGCUGCUGUCCACCCCACUAAUUGAAGCAUUUUUCUGCUCAUCAUGGAUCUUCCUGAUGGCAGCAGCCAGGAUUCAAGUACUAAAAAUAUUCUGCUUGGAAGCCAAACCUUUGCAUACAUCACUGCCCUCUUUAUCAAUCCUUUGUAGUGAAGGGGUUAAAUUGUUAUGUGAGAGUGGUCAACCUACUCAGAGUGUGUAUGACUUAGGGGCUGUGUACAGUUUUAAAUACUUGUAGAAUAGUUUGAAAACUUUUGGUUCUUGGCCCCAAAUGUGGAUGGGUAAUUAUAAUUAUUGUGAAAUAAAGUUUUGUAUGUAAAGAA